CGUGACCAGCAUGGGGAAUGCCAGAGAAUCCCAGACGCACACACACAUUCUCUCUCUCUUUCUCUCUCUUUCUCACACACAAAUCUCUGAAGAAAGAUAAGCCAAACAGCUGAACUCCUGGGACAACACACUUUGACAGCAACAAACCUCUCUCUACACGGAUCAGCACACCAAAAGCAGUGGAGCCCGCAGGAGGAGAAAUGAGGUUGAUCUUGGUCUGGUCCUUUUGCGUCUUCCGCCUUGUCGAAGGAGAUGCCAUGGAGCUGACCGACAUGUUUGGAGAGAUUCAUUCCCCCAACUUCCCAGAUUCCUACCCCAGUGAUUCGGAGGUGACCUGGAAUAUAACUGUGCCGGAUGGGUUUCGAGUCAAGCUCUACUUCAUGCAUUUCGAUCUUGAAUCGUCCUAUCUUUGUGAAUACGACUUUGUGAAGGUUGAGUCUGAAGACCAGUUCUUGGCUACUUUCUGCGGAAGGGAGGCUACGGACACAGAGCAAACGCCAGGGCAGCAGGCAAUCGUGUCUCCCGGUCCAUUCAUGAGCCUCACAUUCAGAUCAGACUUCUCCAAUGAGGAACGCUUCACAGGUUUUGACGCUCAUUACACAGCAGUGGACAUUGACGAGUGCCUGGAGAAGAGUGACGAGGAGCUGGCCUGCGACCACCACUGCCACAACUACAUCGGCGGGUACUACUGCUCCUGCAGGUUUGGCUACAUCCUCCACUCUGACAACAGGACAUGCAAAGUGGAGUGCAGCGACAACCUCUUCGUUCAGAGAAAUGGGGUGAUCAACAGCCCAGACUUUCCCAACUCCUACCCCAAGAGCUCUGAUUGUUUGUACCGCAUCGAGUUGGAAGAGGGCUUCUUCAUUACCCUGCAGUUCGAAGACAACUUUGACAUUGAAGACCAUCCAGAGGUCACCUGCCCAUACGAUUACAUAAAGAUCAAAGCUGGACUGAAGGAGUUUGGACCUUUGUGUGGAGAAAGAUCUCCAGGACGUAUCGAGACCCAGAGCAACAGCGUCCAGAUCCUGUUCCACAGUGAUAACUCUGGAGAAAACGGAGGCUGGAAGCUGACUUACACAGCCGUCGGGGACCCCUGCCCGCUUCUGGAGCCCCCGCCCAAUGGCAAAAUUGAGCCGUCCCAGGCAAGGUACACCUUCAAGGACCAGGUGGUGAUCAGCUGCAACACAGGAUACAAUGUCCUCAAGGAUGACGUGGAGAGUGAAACAUUCCAGAUCGAGUGCAUGAAGGAUGGGAUAUGGAGCAGCAAAGUCCCGAUCUGCAAAAUUGCAGACUGCAAGGUGCCACCCGCGCUAGGCCACGGCAUCCUAACCUUCUCUACGCCAGACAACCUGACCACGUACCAGUCAGGGAUCCAGUAUUCCUGCCAUCAUCCAUACUACCAGAUGGUCCCCAACGUCACAGGUACCUACACCUGUGAUGCUAAGGGGAUCUGGAGAAGUGCAGAGUUGGGGAGGCGUCUACCUUCUUGCCAACCAGUGUGUGGGAAGCCCAGGUUCUCCAGAAGCUUGCUGGCCCGUAUUGCUAAUGGCCGCUAUGCCCAGAGAGGGAUCUCGCCGUGGAUCGCCAUGCUGCACAGGAACGGACGCCCCUUCUGCGGAGGCUCACUCCUGGGCAAUAAAUGGAUUGUGACCGCUGCUCACUGCCUCCAUGAUGAACUGGACCUGGAGAACCCUGUCCUCAGAAGCAAUGAUGUGAUCAGCUCUUCAUCAUUCAAAAUUAUCCUGGGUAAGCACAGAACCCAGGCCCAAGACGAUACAGAACAACUCCUCCGACCCCAAACGCUCCACAUCCAUCCCUCUUACAAGCCGGCCACCUUUGAGUAUGACAUCGCCCUGGUGGAACUGUCAGAAGAAGCCAGGCUGAAUGAUUACGUGAUGCCGGUUUGUUUCCCAGAUGGCUUGCCCCCAAACGAUGCCAUGGUCCUUGUCACCGGAUGGGGGAAGCAGUUCUUGCAACGUCUCCCAGAUGCCCUGAUGGAGAUUGAGAUUCCAUUGACAGACCACGCAGUGUGCAAAGCAGCUUAUGCCAAGCUGCAGAAGGCCGUGACACAAGAUAUGUUGUGUGCUGGAGAAAAACAAGGAGGAAAAGAUGCUUGCAGUGGAGAUUCCGGGGGGCCCAUGGUCACUUUGAACAACCGCACUGGCCAGUGGCAGCUCAUAGGGACUGUGUCUUGGGGCGAUGGAUGUGGCUUGAAUGACCGCUAUGGGGUGUAUUCCAAUGUUCUGCUGACCCUGCCCUGGAUUAAGCAGAUCAGUGGGGUGGAAUAUUGAUGCCUCUGAACCAUAACUAACGUCCAAACCCAAAAGAGGGAUUGCACUCUUCCAGCAGAGAGUCGCUCCCCAACGAGUCUAACCUGAACCUCUACCAAAGAAAGCCCUUGGCAUUAGACCAGCGGGGGAAAUGACUAUUGAUAUUUUUCUCUAGAAAUGGAGAAAGAGAAAGAUCUGGCCUGGAUCCUACAUCCAACUGAACUGAACUCAGUUCCAAAAGCCCGACACUAAUCUUUACCAGGAAAUUCAAUAAUGCUUUGUCUUACGGUGAUCCCACAGUUGUGGAUCAAAACAAUUAGGGCCAUUUUUGGUUUGCAAAAGAUUUGCAAAAGCCUUCUGCAGCCCACUAUCUUCCUUGGAAAGGAACUCUCUAACUAGGAUUCAAAGAAAUCUCAGGGGAAUUACAAUAGCUUUGACAGUUGAAUGUGCAUUUAGGGUGUUGUUGGCAGGAAGCAGACUUUGAUAGCAGGACACAUACUUUGGGCUCCAUCACACCACCGUUUUAUCACACUCGUGUCAUGCCUGGUUUGCUGUUUUGCAGCACGGUACUCACAUGACGUCGUGCCUGUCCUGCAAUCACCCUGCCUCUUCCCCUCCGUUUCCUUUGUUUUCCUAGAGCGGGGAAAGUCCGGUUUAUUUCCUCCACAUGAGAUUAACCUGCCCUUCUGCCCCCGUGUAUUGCUAUGUCCUUUGUUGGAGGGGUGUGCUUUGAAGGGUGAUCUUGCUAAUGAAAGAGGCCUCCACGUCCAUCACAAUGUCACAACCAAUGAACUGGAGGGGGCUGGAGAAGGGGUGGGCGGGGCAGGGUAGAGUUAGAGAGCAAAUAAGCAAAAGGACGUUUCACCGGUAUAGUGGCAAUACCACAACAUGACAAGGACCAUUAGCUUGAUGCGCUAAUGAAACGGAGGUGGAAAUCGUGGAGGCAAACCAGGAAAAAAAAAUAGGUGUACUGGAGCUCUUUGUGAUGCAUGAAGACUCAGUCCUCAACAUCUCCCGUUCAAACAAGAGGCGAUAACGCUUUUAUUUUUUCUGUUGAGAGCCCCAUUCAUAUGUGGAUAAUCUGUCAGGCUGCAUGUCGGUGGGACCAAAAUAGGGUGACCAUAUGAAAAGGAGGACAGGGGUCCUAUAUCUUUAAUAGUUGCAUAGAAAAGGGAAUUUCAGCAGGUGUCAUUUGUAUAUAUGGGGAACCUGGUGAAAUUCCCUCUUCAUCACAACAGUUAAAGCUGCAGGAGCUAUACUAGAGUGACCAGAUUUAAAAGAGGGCAGGGCACCUGCAGCUUCAACUGUUGUGAUGAAGAGAGAAUUCCACCAGGUUCUCCAUAUAUACAAAUGACACCUGCUGAAAUUCCCUUUUCUAUGCAACUGUUAAAGGUACGGGAGCCCUGUCCUCCUUUUCAUA